AUGGCUUCCACAAAAGCUGAUGCAGCUUCACCCAUAGCGAAAAUACAACAUGACGACGACAUUGGGCCCCUAGACGCUGCCCCAACUCUCUCUGGUGGCCUGCUCCCACCCCUGACGGUGUCGUCGGACCUGGAUAAGGCGGUUCAAGAUGCGGCCGACGAGCUUAGCCACACAGGCUUACCGACGGAAACAAGUAGAAACACCUUCAAUGCUGAUGGUGCCCUCGACUCGCCAUCAGGCACUGGCCAACGUAAUGUUCAGUUUUCAACUGUCAACACUGGCGACUAUAAGAACGCGGACCGACGCAAUUCUGUCGACACCCCCGAAACGCCAGGCAAGACCAAAGGACCUUCAUUUAUGUCAAAAUUGAUGUCACUCACGUCACCAACCGGCAGCCAACACCCUCGCAAUACCGACCAGCACCCUGAUACUAGUGCAGCGGCUAGCCCAUCCCACGAGGGCAAGCAUCGACUCGCUGAGACGCUUGACGAAGAACAAUACGACGUAGAUGCUGAUAUCGAUGAUACGGCAGACGAAGCAGCACCCGCCGCUGUGGCCACGCCCGGUCGAAAGAAGCGUCGUAUGAGACGCUUUAUUAAAGGCGAGAUGCAAACGCCGUUUUCUCCUGGACACUCCCGCCAUGGCUCUGAGCCAUUCAUCUCCCGAGACCGCUUCCUUCGCCGCCGCGCCAGCAUGCCGGAUGGAAGCGAACAUAAUGAGGUCAUGUCAGAAGGUGAAGGCAAAGACCACCGUCGUCGACCGUUCGCACGAAGGGGUCAUUCUUGGAUGCAUGCAGCACCAGCGGAUGACGAUGACGACGGCGCAGAGACUUCCAAUGCAGUCAGUCGCAGACAAGGGCCGGGUCAUGUUCGUCGCAUCACAGUGUUUGGCGGUGGUGGUGUAUCCGAUGGAGAUGCUAUGACUCCAAGACGACCCUUCUUCAACUCAGAGCUCCGAGCAGCUUCUACUUAUGGUGUUGCAAAAUGGAAGCAAGUGAAGAGCACAUUAAAACUUCUCCGACAAAAGAAAGAGGACCGCUUCGACUACUUUAAAUCUGCCGAACUCAUGGCAGAACUGCGAGCUGGUGCACCCGCUGCGCUGAUGCUCGCAAGUAUGAUCCAGCGUGAUGAACAUGGCAACAAACGCAUCCCUGUCUUGCUUGAGCAGCUCAAACUCAGAAUCAAAGAUAGCUCUCCUAUGCCCGAUGAUGAAAAAGAGCGUCAUUGGAGCUUCACUAUGGAAUUAGAGUACGGCAGUGGCCCAAGUCGAAUGAUUUGGACUGUUACACGCACCAUCAAAGAUAUUUACAACUUGCACUUCCGAUACAGAUUUGCUCUCAAUAACGACAAAUACAUGCUUGGUAGAGAUAUGGGUGGAAGGCCCAAGCAACCCAAGUUCCCAUAUUCCGCUUUCCCGUACCUUCGUGGAGCUCGAGACAAAGAUGAGAGCAGCGAAGAAGAAGUCCAGGAUAGUGUUCGCGAGGACGACUCUGACGACGAUGCCAACCAUCAUGUCGAUGGAAUCAACGAAGAGGAUAUACAUCAUGAUGAGCAUGAAGGCAACGGCGAACCUAGUACCCCUGCUCACGAAGAAGUUGGUAGUCCACAUCGCCACCAGCGAAAGCGAUCGCGUGUCGGCAUGCUCGGUAUUCGCCGUCGAUCGGUUGGAAAUCCUGAAGACGAUGAUGCGGCUGGAGAGGAAGACAAAGAAGCAAUGAGACAGCGCUACGUUGAGAAACAACGACGUAUUCUCGAAAAGUACCUCUCCGAGAUGAUUCGUUGGCUCAUGUUCCGCGCCGACAGCAACCGUUUGUGCCGAUUCCUAGAGCUUUCUGCUUUAGGAGUCCGUCUUGCAGCUGAAGGCAGCUACCAUGGCAAAGAGGGCUAUCUGCACAUCCAGUCGUCAAAGGGGCUUGAUUUUCGCCGCGUACUAACACCAGCCAAGGUGAUUGCGCGCCACAGCAGAAAGUGGUUUCUUGUUCGCCAAAGCUAUAUUGUCUGCGUUGAAUCCCCAGAAAACAUGAACAUCUACGACGUCUAUCUGGUUGAUUCCAAGUUUAGUAUCGUUUCCAAGAGGAACCCUCUCAAGCAAAUACGAUCCAAGUCAAAAACCUCGGAGAUUGAUUUAACUGCCGAACCUGCCACGGAGAAGCACCACACAUUGACUCUGAAAACUUCGGAGCGUAAAGUUCGCCUCUUCUCCCGAAAUCAGUCCGUCAUGAAGCAAUUCGAGGAGUCCAUGGCGGAAAUGCUUCGUGAGACCGUUUGGAACAAACCCCAGCGAUUUGAAAGCUUUGCCCCGGUGAGAACUGGUGUCUUUGCCCAAUGGCUUGUUGAUGGUCGUGAUUACAUGUGGAAUGUUUCCCGCGCUAUUAACAUGGCAAAGGAUGUCAUCUAUAUCCACGACUGGUGGCUGACUCCCGAGCUAUACAUGAGACGCCCUGCGGCUAUCAGCCAAAAGUGGCGUUUGGACCGUCUACUGCAGAAAAAGGCUCGCGAAGGAGUGAAGAUUUUCGUCAUCAUCUACCGCAACGUGGAGGCUGCUAUCCCGAUUGAUUCAGAGCAUACAAAGUUUUCGCUGCUCAAUUUGCAUCCCAACAUCUUCGUUCAGCGUUCGCCGAAUCAGUUCAAGAAGAACCAGUUCUUCUUUGCUCACCACGAAAAGAUUUGCGUUGUCGACCACGAUGUGGCCUUUGUUGGCGGAAUUGAUCUGUGCUUUGGCCGAUGGGAUUGCCCUCAGCAUCCCAUUGCUGAUGACAAGCCCACUGGCUUUGAAGUGACAGAGCAGCCUCGUGAUAUGGAACACUGCCAACUCUUCCCAGGAAAGGAUUACUCUAAUCCUCGUGUUCAGGACUUCUUCCGACUCAAUGAGCCGUAUGAGGAAAUGUACGACCGAAGCAAGGUUCCUCGCAUGGCCUGGCACGACAUUUCGAUGCAAGUUGUUGGCCAGCCUGCCAGAGAUUUGACUCGUCACUUCGUUCAGCGAUGGAACUACUUGCGUCGCGGUCGUAAAUCCACACGCCCCCUACCCUUCCUCCUGCCUCCUCCUGAUGCAAAGUUUGAAGAAUUAGAAGCGCUCGGCCUAACAGGUACUUGUGAGGUUCAGAUUCUGAGAUCGGCGUCCAACUGGUCGCUGGGUAUUGAGGAGACGGAACACAGCAUUCAGACUGCCUAUGUCAAGAUGAUUGAAGACUCGGAACAUUUUGUCUACAUUGAGAACCAGUUCUUCAUUACCAGUACCGAAGCAUAUGGUACCAAGAUUGUGAACCGCAUUGGUGACGCAAUUGUGGAGAGAAUUAUCCGCGCUCAUGAGAACAAGGAAAAUUGGCGUGCUGUCAUUCUGAUUCCACUUAUGCCUGGAUUCCAAAACACCGUCGACGAGCAAGAAGGCACAAGUGUCCGUCUCAUCAUCAUGUGUCAACUUCGAAGUAUUUGCAGAGGCGAGGAAUCCGUCUUUGGACGCCUGCGCGCAGCUGGUAUCGAACCAGAACAAUACAUCGAUUUCUUCUCUCUCCGACAAUGGGGAGUCAUGAGCACUGAUGCUCUUGUUACUGAACAACUUUAUAUCCACGCCAAAGCCAUGAUUGUAGAUGACCGCGUAGCCUUGAUUGGAUCUGCCAAUAUCAACGAACGCUCCAUGGUUGGCAGCCGAGACUCAGAAUGCGCCGCUAUUGUCCGUGAUACUGACAUGAUAUGGACUACAAUGGGUGGCAAGCCAUACCAGGUGGGCAGGUUUGCCCAUAGUCUGAGACUUCGCCUAAUGCGAGAGCAUCUUGGACUAGACACCGACCAGAUUUUGGAAGAAGAACGCGAGGCUGAAUUUGAACAAGAGACAUUUGAUCAAAGAUUGGAUGAGAUCUACAGCGCAGAUCCCAUCGCAGAUAAUGCCCGUACUGGUGGAACCCGGGUCGCAAAUGCUUCUUCCAAGGUUCCUGUUGGAGAUGGCCGUGACUCGGUUGUGGUUGCUGGUAGAGAAGUCUUGGUUCAUGAUAUUGCCACUGAAGGCCACGGCAGUGUUGAUCACCCUGAGCAAGGCUCUAAGACCACACCUAAGCAGCCGACAGAUACAGCUGCAAACAAGCCUUCAAAUCCUGAUCUCCCUCCCGCCCCGGGCCCCGCGAGCGGUACACCAGAUGCACCAAAGAGCCAUGCCUUGCCAACGGUGCCAAUAGCAGAUGACACUGAUAUUGGAGGCCCCCCAAUGCAUAUUGAUCCUACCACCGGCCUCCCUGUCAGUGGUGCUUUCCAUCCUAUGGCGGCGGACAUUCGCUUGGCUGAAAUCCAUAAGGACUGCAUGAUUGAUCCUCUUGUACCAGGCUUUAUGGAAGAUGUUUGGAACCGCGUGGCGCGCAAUAACACAAAGCUAUACCGCCGAGUUUUCCGCUGCAUGCCAGAUUCCGAAGUUAAGACCUGGUCGGACUACCGUGAGUUCAUCGAUUACGGCAAGCGAUUCAAGGAAAGCAUGGAUGAGCGCGCCCCCGAUGAUCUGGGUCUGAACAGUGAGCCUAAUGGACAUAAGCCGUCUACUGGUGGUUCUAUUGGUGUUGCCGUUCCUAACGUGGAUGCACUUGCUGAAGCCACUGGUGCGAAGCCUGAAGAGGCUGUUGAAAAGAUUAUCAUUCCUGGCGAGACUGAUGUGGAAAAUGAGAAGCAAGAGAGCUCUACUCCUGGCGAUAAGGAGCGUAUUCCCCAGCCAGUUAAUGGUGAAGUCAAUGGCGCUGAUGAAGUUGCAGUUGAUACUACUACUGAAGCACCGCCUCUGGAUGCCAAUAAAAGCACCGUCCGUGAGCGCAAGACAACAUUUUCGGCUACAGAAAAGCCCAAGGAUAUUAGUGGUACGGUGACGGCAAACGAAUCUGUCAAACGACGCCGCCGCGCGACGACUAGAGGCAGCAAGCGGUGGUCGACGUCUGAAGAAAUGCCUAACCGUGCCGAGGCUGAAGAGCUUCUUAAAAUGGUGCAAGGCAACUUGGUACAGUUCCCAUACGACUGGCUUAUUACAGAGGAUCAGAAUGGAAACUGGGGAUACCAAGUUGAUGGUGUUGCGCCGCUGGCUAUUUAUAACUAA